CUGAACCUGCAGACCUCUUGAAGGUAUUAGAUUUUCAUAAUUUACCUGAUGGUAUAACAAAAACAACAGGGUUUUGCACAAGCAGAAGAUCUUCAAAAGAAGCAGAUGUUGCUUAUAGAGUAACAAAAGAUGCUCAGCUUAGUGCACCGACAAAGCAGCUGUAUCCUGCUUCCCCAUUCCCAGAGGACUUCUCCAUUCUAACCACUGUAAAAGCGAAGAAAGGAGUUCAGUCCUUCUUGAUCUCAAUUUACAAUGAGCAAGGGAUCCAGCAAAUUGGUGUGGAGUUGGGUAGAUCUCCUGUAUUCCUGUAUGAAGACCAUACAGGAAAGCCAGGCCCAGAAGACUAUCCUCUCUUUAGAGGCAUUAACCUAGCAGAUGGCAAGUGGCACAGAGUAGCGAUCAGUGUGCAGAAGAAAAAUGUCACCUUGAUUUUGGACUGUAAAAAGAAGAUAACCAAGUUCUUGGACCGAAGUGAUCAUCCCAUCAUUGACGUCAAUGGCAUCAUUGUAUUUGGAACAAGGAUAUUGGAUGAAGAAGUCUUUGAGGGUGAUAUUCAGCAGCUCCUGAUCGUGGCGGACCCACGAGCAGCCCAUGAUUACUGUGAACACUACAGCCCCGACUGCGACACUGCCAUCCCCGACUCCCCCCAGUCCCAGGACCCCAACCAGGAUGAAUAUUACACUGACGCGGAGGGUGAAGGUGACACCUACUAUUAUGAGUACCCCUACUACGAAGAUGUUGAUGAAUCUGUAAAACCAGAAGCUCCCACCACCAAACCCAGCACUCCUGAAGUGGCUGCUGGAGAGACACCUGAAACCAAGCAGGACUAUCCUGCUCCCACACCAUCUCCUGAUGGAGGGGACCCGGGCAAGCAGCCAAAAGAGGAUACUACAGUGGGUGAUCCCCUUGUGGAUGAGUACAACUAUGAAACCAUUAACGAGGAGUACUUCACACCGCUGCCCUAUGAGGAUGUCAACUACAAUGAAGAAGUAGACCCACAGGGGGGACUCACUGAGAACGCUGUGGAAGCUGAACUCCCCACGAGCACCGUCGUCACCUACAAUGAGAGCGAUGCUGCUCAGGGAGGAGACGACCUGGAUAAAGAUUUCACUGAGGAAACAAUAAAAGAAUACGAUGGGAAUUACUAUGAUAACUAUUAUGACCGAACAGUCUCUCCGGACAUUGGCCCCGGCAUGCCUGCCAACCAGGACACCAUCUAUGAAGGGAUCGGUGGCCCACGGGGCGAGAAGGGACAGAAAGGGGAGCCCGCGAUUAUUGAGCCGGGUAUGCUGGUGGAAGGCCCCCCCGGUCCCGAAGGCCCAGCAGGUCUUCCAGGACCUCCAGGACCAACCGGACCCGUGGGCUUGAUGGGUGACCCUGGGGAGAGAGGACCACCUGGCCGCCCAGGGCUUCCAGGAGCAGAUGGUUUACCAGGACCACCAGGGACAAUGCUCAUGCUGCCAUUCCGCUUUAGUGGAGGAGGAGAUGCUGGCUCGAAAGGACCUCUUGUUUCUGCCCAGGAGGCCCAAGCCCAAGCCAUCCUGCAGCAAGCCAGGCUGGCGCUGAGAGGACCAGCAGGUCCAAUGGGUCUGACGGGGCGGCCGGGCCCCAUGGGACCCCCGGGCAGUGGAGGACUAAAGGGAGAAGCUGGAGAAAUGGGACCUCAGGGUCCACGAGGCAUCCAGGGUCCUCCCGGUCCGGCAGGAAAGCCAGGCCGCAGGGGACGAGCCGGCAGUGACGGUGCCCGGGGAAUGCCAGGGCAGACAGGACCAAAGGGUGACCGAGGGUUUGAUGGCUUGGCUGGUUUGCCUGGUGAGAAAGGAAAUAGAGGUGAGCCAGGCCCCCACGGACCCCCGGGGGCACCUGGAGAGGAUGGGGAGAGGGGAGAUGAUGGAGAAGUUGGACCCAGAGGUCUGCCUGGAGAACCUGGGCCCCGAGGACUGCUGGGACCGAAGGGGCCACCAGGACCCCCGGGACCACCGGGUGUGGCUGGUAUGGACGGACAAACUGGUCCCAAGGGGAAUGUGGGUCCUCAAGGUGAGCCGGGUCCCCCAGGACAACAGGGUAACCCGGGUGCUCAGGGUCUUCCAGGCCCACAAGGCGCGAUCGGUCCCCCAGGAGAGAAAGGGCCGCUGGGCAAACCUGGUCUUCCUGGCAUGCCUGGGGCAGAUGGUCCUCCGGGUCAUCCUGGCAAGGAAGGUCCUCCCGGAGAGAAAGGGAGUCAGGGUCCACCAGGUCCUCAGGGCCCCAUCGGUUACCCAGGACCACGUGGAGUCAAGGGAGCAGAUGGUGUUCGUGGAUUGAAAGGCACCAAAGGUGAAAAGGGUGAAGAUGGCUUCCCUGGCUUCAAAGGGGAUAUGGGCAUCAAAGGAGAUCGGGGGGAAAUUGGGCCUCCUGGUCCCCGCGGUGAGGAUGGUCCUGAAGGUCCCAAAGGUCGCUCUGGCCCCAAUGGUGAUCCUGGUCCUCUUGGUCCUGCCGGAGAGAAGGGAAAGCUCGGCGUGCCAGGACUGCCCGGCUACCCGGGCAGGCAGGGCCCAAAGGGCUCCAUCGGCUUCCCAGGAUUUCCAGGAGCCAACGGAGAGAAGGGCACACGGGGGACACCUGGCAAACCAGGUCCAAGGGGGCAACGCGGUCCAACGGGUCCACGUGGGGAAAGAGGCCCUAGGGGAAGCACUGGGAAACCUGGCCCAAAGGGCAACUCUGGUGGUGAUGGCCCCCCUGGUCCUCCUGGAGAAAGGGGACCACCAGGGCCUCAAGGACCUACUGGAUUUCCUGGACCAAAAGGCCCCCCUGGUCCUCCUGGGAAGGAUGGAUUGCCUGGUCACCCCGGACAGAGAGGAGAAACUGGUUUCCAAGGCAAGACUGGCCCUCCAGGACCCCCUGGUGUUGUAGGCCCUCAGGGUCCAACUGGUGAGACUGGACCAAUGGGUGAGCGGGGACAUCCAGGUCCUCCAGGUCCCCCAGGUGAACAAGGUCUUCCUGGCCUCACUGGAAAAGAAGGGACCAAGGGGGACCCUGGUCCUGCCGGCCUCCCAGGGAAGGAUGGUCCCCCCGGCUUGCGAGGCUUCCCUGGGGAGAGAGGUCUCCCUGGCCCCAUUGGUGCUCCAGGGCUGAAAGGCAAUGAAGGUCCUCCAGGCCCCCCAGGUCCAGCAGGUUCUCCUGGUGAGCGUGGUCCCGCAGGAUCAGCUGGCCCGAUUGGCUUACCAGGGCGACCUGGUCCCCAGGGACCUCCAGGACCCGCGGGUGAAAAGGGGGCUCCAGGAGAGAAGGGUCCCCAAGGGCCGGCUGGCCGGGAUGGCAUCCAGGGCCCGGUGGGACUGCCCGGUCCAGCAGGGCCCGUCGGCCCCCCUGGUGAGGAUGGAGACAAGGGCGAGAUUGGGGAGCCCGGACAGAAGGGCAGCAAGGGCGACAAGGGGGAGCAGGGUCCACCAGGUCCUACUGGCCCGCAGGGUCCAAUUGGUCAGCCUGGCCCCGCUGGUGCUGAUGGAGAGCCAGGUCCCAGAGGACAGCAAGGCCUCUUUGGUCAGAAGGGUGAUGAAGGCCCUCGAGGUUUCCCUGGUCCCCCUGGCCCAGUGGGCUUGCAGGGCUUGCCUGGACCGCCUGGUGAGAAGGGAGAAACAGGUGAUGUUGGGCAAAUGGGCCCGCCAGGCCCACCUGGACCCAGAGGUCCCUCAGGACCACCAGGAGCAGAUGGUCCGCAGGGUCCUUCUGGGGGAAUAGGAAAUCCUGGUGCAGUAGGAGAGAAGGGUGAGCCUGGUGAAUCUGGUGAGCCUGGUCUUCCUGGCGAGGUUGGCCUCCCGGGUCCUAAAGGUGAAAGAGGUGAAAAAGGUGAAGCAGGUCCUUCUGGUGCUGCUGGUCCACCUGGCCCCAAAGGUCCACCAGGCGAUGACGGUCCCAAAGGCAGCCCUGGUCCGGUUGGUUUCCCUGGUGACCCUGGUCCUCCUGGAGAACCUGGUCCAGCUGGUCAGGAUGGUCCCCCUGGUGACAAAGGUGAUGAUGGCGAACCUGGACAGACUGGUUCCCCUGGUCCCACGGGAGAGCCAGGCCCCUCUGGACCCCCAGGAAAAAGGGGCCCUCCUGGUCCAGCUGGUCCCGAAGGAAGGCAAGGAGAGAAAGGAGCCAAGGGUGAAGCUGGUUUGGAAGGACCUCCUGGCAAGACUGGCCCAAUCGGUCCCCAAGGUGCUCCAGGGAAGCCCGGCCCUGAUGGUCUUCGAGGGAUUCCUGGUCCAGUUGGUGAACAAGGUCUCCCGGGAUCCCCUGGCCCAGAUGGUCCUCCAGGCCCAAUGGGCCCACCGGGUUUGCCUGGUCUUAAAGGAGACUCCGGCCCCAAAGGAGAGAAGGGUCAUCCAGGUUUAAUUGGUCUUAUUGGGCCACCAGGAGAGCAGGGAGAAAAGGGUGACAGAGGUCUCCCAGGGCCCCAGGGCUCAGCAGGACCCAAAGGAGAACAGGGUAUCACAGGUCCUUCUGGACCGAUCGGACCUCCAGGGCCACCAGGAUUACCGGGUCCACCUGGUCCCAAAGGUGCUAAAGGAUCAUCAGGUCCAACAGGUCCAAAGGGUGAAUCGGGUCUUCCUGGGCCACCAGGGCCUCCUGGUCCUCCUGGAGAAGUCAUCCAGCCAUUGCCCAUCCAGUCUUCCAAGAGGACCAGGCGGAACAUUGAUGCCAGCCAGCUGGUGGAUGAUGGGAAUGACGAUAACUACAAGGAUGGCAUGGAGGAAAUCUUUGGCUCUCUGAAUUCCUUGAAACUGGAAAUCGAGCAAAUGAAGCAUCCAUUGGGCACUCAACAUAACCCAGCACGUACCUGCAAGGAUCUGCAGCUCUGUCACCCCGAUUUCCCAGACGGUGAAUACUGGGUUGAUCCUAACCAAGGAUGUUCCAGGGACUCUUUCAAAGUGUACUGUAAUUUCACAGCUGGUGGAGAGACUUGCAUCUUCCCUGAUAAGAAAUCUGAAGGAGCUAGAAUUACUUCCUGGCCAAAGGAAAACCCAGGCUCCUGGUUCAGUGAAUUCAAGCGCGGUAAACUGCUCUCCUACGUGGAUUCAGACGGAAACCCCAUCGGUGUGGUGCAGAUGACCUUCCUCCGGCUCCUGAGCGCUUCAGCCCACCAGAACAUCACUUACAACUGCUACCAGUCCGUAGCCUGGCACGACGCCACCACCAACAGUUACGACAAGGCCAUCCGCUUCCUGGGCUCCAACGACGAGGAGAUGUCCUACGACAACAACCCCUACAUCCGAGCCGCCCUCGACGGCUGCGCGGCAAAGAAGGGCUAUCAGAAGACUAUCCUGGAAAUCAACACACCCAAAGUAGAGCAAGUUCCUAUAGUCGACAUCAUGUUCAAUGACUUCGGAGAAGCAUCACAGAAAUUUGGAUUCGAGGUGGGACCAGCUUGCUUCAUGGGCUAAGAGCCACCUGAAAACUAGUCUCCAAAUGAGCAACCUCGUAACCUCAUUGCGCCAUUUAAUUAAUUAAAAA